AUGCAGGCAGGGAAGGGAGACCAGAGGAGGCGGGACGCCGCCCGGCCGCUGCAGCUCACCAUGAAGAGGGGCUACGAGGUGCUCCGCGACCCCCACCUCAACAAGGGCAUGGCUUUUACCUUGGAGGAGAGGCAGCAACUGAAUAUUCAUGGAUUAUUGCCGCCUUGCUUUCUUGGUCAAGAUGCUCAGGUUUAUACAAUUCUUAAGAAUUUUGAAAGGCUGACAUGUGACCUAGACAGAUACAUGCUACUAAUGAGUCUUCAGGAUCGAAAUGAAAAGCUUUUCUAUAAAGUGCUGGCUUCUGACAUUGAAAGGUUCAUGCCUAUUGUUUAUACCCCCACUGUGGGCUUGGCUUGCCAACAAUAUGGUUUAGCAUUCCGGAGGCCAAGAGGUCUUUUUAUUUCUAUCCAUGACCGGGGUCACAUUGCUACAAUGCUUAAAUCCUGGCCAGAAAGUGUCAUCAAGGCUAUUGUGGUGACUGAUGGUGAACGUAUUCUUGGGCUUGGAGACCUUGGAUGUUAUGGAAUGGGCAUUCCUGUUGGUAAACUGGCACUUUAUACAGCAUGUGGAGGAGUAAAACCUCAUGAGUGUCUACCAGUGAUGUUGGAUGUGGGAACAGAUAAUGAGGAAUUGCUGAAAGAUCCUUUGUAUAUUGGGCUGAGACACAAGAGAAUUAGAGGUCAAGCCUAUGAUGAUCUUCUUGACGAGUUCAUGGAAGCUGUGACUGCAAGAUAUGGCAUGAACUGCCUCAUUCAGUUUGAGGAUUUUGCUAAUGCCAAUGCAUUCCGCCUCCUGCAUAAGUACCGUAACAAGUAUUGCACUUUCAAUGAUGACAUUCAAGGGACUGCAUCUGUUGCUGUUGCAGGUCUUCUUGCAGCUCUGCGCAUCACCAAGAACAAAUUGUCAGAUCACACAGUGUUGUUCCAGGGAGCUGGAGAGGCUGCAUUGGGGAUAGCAAACCUCAUUCUUAUGGCUAUGGAAAAAGAAGGGCUAUCCAAAGAUGUGGCUAUCAAAAGAAUAUGGUUGGUUGACUCGAAGGGAUUAGUUGUAAAGGGGCGUGCCUCAUUAACACAUGAGAAACAGCGUUUUGCCCACGAACAUGGUGAAAUGAAAAAUCUAGAAGAAAUUGUUAGAGAUAUAAAACCAUCCGUGCUAAUAGGUGUUGCUGCAAUUGGUGGUGCUUUCACUCCACAAAUUCUUCAGGAUAUGGCUGCUCUAAACAAACAUCCUAUAAUUUUUGCUCUCAGCAAUCCCACCAGCAAAGCAGAAUGCACUGCUGAGCAGUGCUACAAAUACACAGAGGGACGUGGGAUUUUUGCCAGUGGAAGUCCUUUUGCUCCUGUCACUCUUCCAAGUGGAAAAACUCUCUAUCCUGGACAGGGUAACAAUUCGUAUGUGUUCCCAGGAGUUGCCCUUGGUGUUAUUUCAUGUGGAAUGAGACAUAUUGAUGAGAAUGUAUUCCUCACGACUGCUGAGGUUAUAGCGCAGCAAGUUACAGAAGAGAAUUUACAGGAAGGUCGUCUCUACCCUCCAUUAGUCACCAUUCAGGACGUGUCACUGAAAAUUGCUGUGAAGAUUGCAGAAGAAGCCUACAGGAAUAACACUGCCUCCACCUACCCUCAGCCCAAGGACCUCGAAGCCUUCAUCCGCUCUCAGGUGUACAGUACUGAUUACAACAGCUUUGUGGCUGACUCCUACACCUGGCCUGAAGAGGCCAUGAAAGUGAAAUUGUAA